CGUCGAUCACUAUAAAUAUAAAUUGCGAUAGCAUUUUUGAGGUAGUUCGUUAUUGAGUUCUUGUAAAAAUAUGAAGCUUUUAUUCCAAGUCAUUUUCGCUGUUGCGAUUUUUGCCGGUGCCACCCAUUGCAAUUUGUGUGGGCCCCGGAAGGAAACGCCAAAACCGCCAAAUCUUGAUCAAAUUUUCAAAAAACCAUCAUUCUAUACAAUACAUCCGGAAAAUCUGGUGCAAAAACAUCAAGUACUUCGUUCAUCAAUUGAACAUGUAAAAACUGCACUUGAAGGUCUGAAAAGUGAUGCAUCCGACAUAUUUGGUCUGCUUGAAAAUGGAUUAAAUGAAUUUGAUAAAUGGGGAAAGACAAUCUUGAAUUUUGACAAAUCCAAUCUGGAAUACGUGACAGAAGUUUUUAAAGCUGACAAAAAAUUGAUGAAAGAUAAUUCGAAAGAAAUAAAGAAAUAUUCGGCUAGACAAAUGAGUGAUUUAGAAGAUAUGUUUAUCGCACAUGAAAAGAAAGCAGCUACCAAACGUGAUGAUAUUGAAAAAAUCGUCAAUCUUAUGAUGGACGAAAUGACCCAACGUAACAAUGCUGUGUAUCAGAUUUUGGAGCAAUUCAAUUCGGCAAAGCAAUUUUUAGAGUUUUUAAAACCAUCCAUUUCUCUUGAAACUAUUAAAAUGAAUGAAAUUGCCAAAGCAAUUAAUUCACAUUAAAAGCACUCAUUUUUUUCAUGUUUGAGCCUUGCGCCAAUUGAGCUUGUAAUGGGAAUGAUGAAUUAAUAAAAACUUAAACAGAUAAAAUGAAUAAAUAAUAAUAAUUAUUUUCAUUAUUCGAAACGA